AUGGCCCCUUCAGCUACAGAGACCGAGAGAACAGAGAAAAAUCUGUUUCCUCACGGUGGAUGGGACACUCACCAUCAUAUCUUUGAACCCGAGUCUUUCCCUUACAGUCCAAACAGGCACUUGACACCGCCUCCAGCGACCAUCGCUGCCUUUGACAACUUCAAGGAAAGCCUGGGGAUCACCAGAUCUGUCCUUACUCAUGGCCUAUCCUAUGGCGAUGACUGCACCUCCUUAAAGGCCUUCGUACCUCGGCUGGGAACGCAAAAGACGCGUGCGAUCGGUGUCAUAGACCCAGAAACGACGACCGACGAUGAAUUGAGAGCAAUGCACGCAGCCGGUGUCCGGGGACUUCGUGUCAAUCUGUAUCGUUAUAAAGCCAUGGAAGAUGUCGAACUACAAAAGGUAGCUCUUCGAGCUCACCUCCGGAGAAUCACGGCGCUGGCGUUGCCCUGGAGCCUUACGAUGACUACAACCCGGACCGAUUUCUGGGAGGAGUUGGAACCGUUUGUCAGGGAGAAUCUUGCGAAACAUGGAGUCAAGCUGGUAACAGAUCACUUCGCGCUCCUAAAGGCACCAAGUCUGCUUUCAGAGGAAUUUCGCGACCGGCCAACGACACAACCAGGGUUCGACGCCAUCAUGAGGCUAGUCAGAGACGGCCACCUCUGGGUGAAGCUGAGUGCGCCGUACCGCAUCAGCGAGGAGAAGCCGGACUACUGCGACGUCAAGUUCUUGGUCCGCGCAUUUGUGGACGCUAACAAGCACCGCGUUCUUUGGGGCAGUGACUGGCCCCACACGCCGCGGAUGAAAGUGAGAACACACGAGGCGGCUAUGAAGGAGACGCCGUACCUGGAAGUCGACGAUGCGGCUUGGUUGAGGAGCCUCAAGUCAUGGCUGUCAGAUGAGGAAUGGGACUUGUUGAUGAUACGGAACCCGAGUGAAUUAUUUGGAUGA